UGAGCAUGUUAUUUAUGAAAUUGUAUUGUUCUUUUCAGCUGUUGCUAGUGUAUCUGCUAAUCUUAGUUCGGUACCGGUCCUUAAUGGUAAUAACUUUAAGGACUGGAAGGAGAACAUUUUUAUUGUUCUUGGCUGCAUGGAUCUUGACCUUGCAUUAAGGAUGGAUCGUCCUGCUUCUCUUACGGAUACCAGUACCUCCGAGCAAAGGAGGAUUUAUGAGAAGUGGGACCGUUCAAACCGCAUGAGUCUUAUGAUUAUUAAGCGCGGCAUACCUGAGGCUUUUAGGGGUGCGGUGUCCGAGGAGGUCACCGAUGCCACAACUUUCCUUGCUGAAAUUGAGAAGCGCUUUGCGAAAAGCGAUAAGGCGGAAACAAGUACUCUUUUAAAGAAACUUAUUUCCAUGAAGUUUAAGGGCAAGGAAAAUAUAAGGGAGUACAUUAUGGAAAUGUCUCACCUUGCUUCAAAGUUGAAGGCACUAAAGCUUGAGCUUUCGGAUGACUUGCUUGUGCAUUUAGUGCUUAUCUCUCUUCCUCCACAAUUCAGUCAAUUUAAGGUCAGUUACAACUGCCAAAGGGAGAAGUGGACUCUUAAUGAGCUCAUUUCAUUUUGUGUUCAAGAGGAAGAAAGAUUGAAGCAAGAAAAGACUGAAAGUGCUCAUUUGGCAAGCACCUCUAAGGAUAAGGGCAAGAAAAGAAAGAAUGAGGCUGCUAAGGAUAAAGGUCCUGCACAUAAGAAACAAACUCAAACCAACAGUGACGAUGGUUGUUUCUUUUGCAACAUGAAAGGACACAUGAAGAAGGAAUGUGCUAAGUAUAUUGCAUGGCGAGCAAAGAAAGGGUUGCCUGAGUUACCGAAAGCCAAAUGAUGCUGAAAGAAGCAUUUAUG